AAAAUGGCGGCCUAGGCGCGGAGUUUCCUGCCCGAGCGGCGGCGGCGGCGGCUCUCGCGGCGGCGCCAUGACGCGCUGGGUGCCCACCAAGAGAGAGGAGAAAUACGGCGUGGCAUUUUAUAACUACGAUGCCAGGGGAGCGGAUGAACUUUCUUUACAAAUAGGAGACACUGUGCACAUCUUGGAAACAUACGAAGGGUGGUACAGAGGUUACACCUUGAGAAAAAAGUCCAAGAAGGGUAUAUUUCCUGCUUCAUAUAUUCAUCUUAAAGAAGCCAUAGUUGAAGGAAAAGGGCAACAUGAAACAGUCAUCCCGGGCGACCUCCCACUCAUACAGGAAGUCACCACAACACUCCGGGAGUGGUCCACCAUCUGGAGGCAGCUCUAUGUGCAAGACAAUAGGGAGAUGUUUCGCAGUGUGCGGCACAUGAUCUACGACCUUAUUGAAUGGCGGUCACAGAUUCUUUCUGGAACUCUGCCACAGGAUGAGCUGAAAGAACUGAAGAAGAAGGUCACUGCCAAAAUUGAUUACGGAAACAGAAUUCUUGAUCUGGACUUGGUGGUGAGAGAUGAAGACGGGAACAUUUUGGAUCCAGAACUAACUAGCACGAUUAGUCUCUUUAGAGCUCAUGAGAUAGCUUCUAAACAAGUGGAGGAGAGAUUGCAAGAAGAGAAGUCCCAAAAGCAGAACAUAGACAUUAACAGACAAGCGAAGUUUGCUGCCACCCCUUCUCUGGCCUUGUUUGUCAACCUCAAAAAUGUGGUUUGUAAAAUCGGAGAAGAUGCCGAAGUGCUCAUGUCUCUUUAUGACCCUGUGGAGUCCAAAUUCAUCAGUGAAAACUACCUGGUUCGCUGGUCAAGUUCAGGAUUGCCUAAAGACAUAGACAGAUUACAUAAUUUGCGAGCUGUCUUUACUGACCUCGGAAGCAAAGACCUGAAAAGGGACAAAAUCAGUUUUGUUUGUCAAAUCGUUCGAGUGGGUCGCAUGGAGCUGAGGGACAACAACACCAGAAAACUGACCUCGGGCUUGCGGAGGCCUUUCGGAGUGGCCGUGAUGGAUGUAACAGAUAUAAUAAAUGGGAAAGUAGAUGAUGAAGACAAGCAGCAUUUCAUCCCCUUUCAGCCGGUGGCGGGGGAGAAUGACUUCCUUCAGACUGUUAUAAACAAAGUCAUUGCUGCCAAAGAAGUCAACCACAAGGGCCAGGGUUUGUGGGUAACAUUGAAAUUACUUCCUGGAGAUAUCCAUCAGAUUAGAAAAGAAUUUCCUCAUUUAGUGGACAGGACCACAGCGGUGGCUCGGAAAACGGGGUUUCCAGAGAUAAUCAUGCCUGGUGAUGUUCGAAAUGAUAUCUACGUUACAUUAGUUCAAGGAGAUUUUGAUAAAGGAAGCAAAACCACAGCAAAGAAUGUGGAGGUUACAGUGUCUGUUUACGAUGAAGAUGGAAAACGGCUGGAGCAUGUGAUUUACCCGGGCGCUGGUGAUGAAGCGAUUUCGGAGUACAAGUCUGUGAUUUACUACCAAGUAAAACAGCCACGUUGGUUUGAGACCGUUAAGGUGGCCAUUCCCAUCGAAGAUGUCAAUCGCAGUCACCUUCGGUUUACCUUCCGCCACAGGUCGUCACAGGACUCCAAGGACAAAUCUGAGAAAAUAUUUGCACUGGCCUUUGUAAAGCUGAUGAGAUAUGAUGGCACCACGCUGAGGGACGGGGAGCACGAUCUCAUCGUCUACAAGGCGGAGGCGAAGAAGCUGGAGGACGCUGCCACGUACUUGAGCCUGCCCUCCACGAAAGCAGAGUUAGAAGAAAAGGCCCACUCGGCCACGGGCAGGAGCAUGCAGAGUCUUGGGAGCUGCACCAUCAGCAAAGACUCCUUCCAGAUCUCAACUCUCGUGUGCUCCACCAAACUUACCCAGAACGUGGACCUGCUGGGGCUCUUGAAGUGGCGUUCCAACACCAACCUGCUGCAGCAGAACUUGAGACAGCUGAUGAAGGUGGACGGCGGCGAGGUGGUGAAGUUCCUCCAGGACACCUUGGAUGCCCUCUUCAACAUCAUGAUGGAGAAUUCCGAGAGCGAGACGUUUGAUACGUUGGUGUUUGAUGCUCUGGUAUUUAUCAUUGGACUAAUUGCUGACAGAAAAUUUCAGCAUUUUAAUCCUGUUCUGGAAACCUACAUUAAGAAGCACUUUAGUGCAACUUUAGCCUACACGAAGCUGACAAAAGUUUUAAGGAACUACGUGGACAAUGCCGAGAAGCCAGGAAUAAACGAUCAGCUGUACAAAGCCAUGAAGGCUUUGGAGUACAUCUUCAAGUUCAUUGUGCGCUCCAGGAUCCUUUUCAAUCAACUCUAUGAAGACAAAGGAGAGGCGGACUUCAUGGAGUCCCUGCUGCAGCUGUUCCGGUCCAUCAGCGACAUGAUGAGCAGCGUGUCGGACCAGACCGUCAGGGUGAAGGGGGCUGCGUUGAAGUACUUGCCAACUAUUGUCAACGAUGUGAAGUUGGUGUUCGAUCCCAAAGAGCUCAGCAAAAUGUUUACUGAUUUCAUCCUAAAUGUUCCCAUGGGUUUGCUGACCAUUCAGAAGCUGUAUUGCUUGAUUGAAAUCAUUCACAGUGACCUCUUCACACACCACGACUGCAGAGAGAUCCUGCUUCCCAUGAUGACGGAUCAGCUCAAGUACCAUCUGGAGAGACAGGAAGACCUGGAGGCCUGUUGCCACCUGCUCAGCAACAUCCUCGAGGUUCUGUACAGGAAGGAUGUGGGGCCAACUCAGAGGCAUGUCCAGAUAAUCAUGGAGAAACUUCUCCGGACAGUCAACCGAACCGUCAUUUCCAUGGGACGGGAUUCCGAACUCAUUGGAAACUUUGUGGCUUGUAUGACAGCUAUUUUACGACAAAUGGAAGAUUAUCAUUACGCCCAUUUGAUCAAGACUUUCGGGAAAAUGAGGACUGAUGUUGUGGAUUUCCUGAUGGAAACAUUCAUCAUGUUUAAGAACCUCAUUGGGAAGAACGUCUACCCUUUCGACUGGGUGAUAAUGAACAUGAUGCAGAAUAAAGUCUUCCUGCGAGCGAUUAAUCAGUAUGCAGACAUGCUGAACAAAAAAUUUCUGGAUCAAGCCAACUUUGAGCUACAGCUUUGGAACAACUACUUUCACCUGGCCGUCGCUUUCCUCACUCAGGAGUCCUUGCAACUGGAGAAUUUUUCAAGCGCGAAGAGAGCCAAAAUCCUUAACAAGUAUGGAGAUAUGAGGAGGCAGAUUGGCUUCGAAAUCAGAGACAUGUGGUACAACCUUGGUCAACACAAGAUAAAGUUCAUUCCAGAAAUGGUCGGCCCAAUAUUAGAAAUGACGCUAAUUCCUGAGACAGAACUGCGUAAAGCCACCAUCCCUAUCUUCUUCGAUAUGAUGCAGUGUGAAUUCCAUUCGACGCGAAGCUUCCAGAUGUUUGAAAAUGAGAUCAUCACCAAACUGGAUCAUGAAGUGGAAGGAGGCAGAGGAGAUGAACAGUACAAAGUGUUAUUUGAUAAAAUCCUCUUGGAGCACUGCAGGAAGCACAAAUACCUCGCCAAAACAGGAGAAACUUUCGUCAAACUCGUUGUGCGCCUGAUGGAAAGACUUCUGGAUUAUAGAACCAUCAUGCAUGAUGAGAACAAAGAAAAUCGCAUGAGCUGCACUGUCAACGUGCUGAAUUUCUACAAAGAAAUUGAAAGAGAAGAAAUGUAUAUAAGGUACCUGUACAAGCUCUGUGACCUGCACAGAGAGUGUGACAACUACACAGAGGCGGCCUACACCUUGCUUCUCCACGCAAAGCUCCUGAAGUGGUCGGAGGAUGUGUGCGCAGCCCACCUCACCCAGCGGGACGGGUACCAGGCGACAACACAGGGCCAGCUGAAGGAACAGCUCUACCAGGAAAUCAUCCACUACUUCGACAAAGGCAAGAUGUGGGAGGAGGCCAUUGCUCUUGGUAAGGAACUUGCCGAACAGUAUGAAAAUGAGAUGUUUGAUUACGAACAACUCAGCGAGUUGCUGAAAAAACAGGCUCAGUUUUAUGAAAACAUCGUCAAAGUGAUAAGACCUAAGCCUGACUAUUUUGCUGUUGGCUACUAUGGACAAGGAUUCCCCACGUUCCUUCGGGGGAAAGUUUUCAUUUACCGAGGGAAAGAGUAUGAACGCAGGGAAGAUUUCGAAGCUCGGCUGUUAACUCAGUUCCCGAACGCUGAGAAAAUGAAGACAACAUCUCCACCAGGCGACGAUAUUAAAAAUUCUCCUGGCCAGUAUAUUCAGUGCUUCACCGUAAAGCCCAAACUCGAUCUGCCCCCGAAAUUUCACAGGCCUGUGUCAGAGCAGAUUGUAAGUUUUUACAGGGUAAACGAGGUCCAGCGAUUUGAAUAUUCUCGGCCGAUCCGCAAAGGAGAGAAAAACCCAGACAAUGAAUUUGCGAACAUGUGGAUCGAGAGAACCAUAUACACCACGGCGUACAAAUUACCUGGGAUUUUAAGGUGGUUUGAGGUCAAAUCUGUUUUCAUGGUGGAGAUCAGCCCCCUGGAGAACGCCAUCGAGACCAUGCAGCUGACCAAUGACAAGAUGAACAGCAUGGUACAGCAGCACCUGGACGACCCCAGCCUCCCCAUCAACCCCCUCUCUAUGCUCCUGAAUGGCAUUGUGGACCCUGCCGUCAUGGGAGGCUUUGUGAAUUAUGAGAAGGCCUUCUUUACAGAGCGGUACUUGCAGGAGCACCCAGAGGCCCAUGAAAAGAUUGAGAAGCUCAAGGACCUCAUUGCAUGGCAGAUUCCGUUUUUGGCUGAAGGGAUCAGGAUUCAUGGAGACAAAGUCACAGAAGCACUGAGGCCAUUUCAUGAGAGAAUGGAAGCCUGUUUCAAACAGCUAAAGGAAAAAGUGGAAAAGCAAUAUGGCGUCCGAACCAUGCCCUCAAGUCUGGAUGACAGAAGAGGCAGCCGUCCCCGGUCCAUGGUCCGAUCCUUCACGAUGCCAUCUUCAUCCCGGCCUCUGUCGGUGGCCUCCGUGUCUUCCCUGUCAUCGGACAGCACCCCUUCCAGGCCAGGCUCCGAUGGGUUUGCUCUGGAGCCUCUCCUGCCAAAGAAAAUGCACUCCAGGUCCCAGGACAAGCUGGACAAGGACGACCCAGAGAAGGAGAAGAAGGACAAGAAGAAGGAAAAAAGGAACAGCAAACAUCAAGAGAUAUUUGAUAAGGAAUUUAAACCCACUGACAUUUCUGGGCAGCAGUCUGAGGCUGUGAUUCUUUCCGAGACGAUAAGCCCCCUGCGGCCCCAGAGACCGAAGAGCCAGGUGCUCAAUGUCACUGGAAGUGAACGACGUUUCUCAGUGUCCCCGUCGUCACCGUCCUCCCAGCCAGCACCCCCUCCGGUCACGCCAAGGGCCAAGCUCAGCUUCAGUUUGCAGUCAAGUUUGGAGCUGAACGGCAUGAGCAGCGUGACUGGGAUGGACACGGCCGAGGUCCCGCCCCCCCUGCCUCUCAAAGGCAGCAUGGCGGAUUAUGGGAACUUGGUGGAAAACCAGGAUUUGAUCAGCUCGCCCACACCCCCGCCCCCUCCUCCUCACCAGAGGCACGUACCGCCUCCGCUGCCCAGCAAAACGCCACCUCCACCUCCCCCAAAGACAGCGCGCAAGCAGACGUCGGUGGACUCGGGCAUCGUGCAGUGAAGGCCGCAGGCCCGCGUGGAGAACACCGCUGCAGCCCUCCCUCUCCCUCUGUGCCUUCUCC